AUGGCAACGUCGGUCCAGGCCCUUCCUCUGACCCGCGACCCCAGCAAGACAUUCCGUGACCCCUACUCGACCCCUACCCGGCCCACAGCCCUACUGGCCCGGUGCAGUAUGGGUAGUUUAGGCAGCCUAGUGGAGCGCCCGGACGCAUCCCCAGCUAAAGGCAGCCGGGCCGUGCCCCAGGUGGGACCCAGGCAGACCAACAGGUUAUUAAAGAAAGGCUUCAACCAGAGAGAGCUGCUCAACUACCUCAACAUCACCAGGUUAGUGAGCUCUCGGAUAGGCACAAAAUGGCUUCCGUGUUUCAUCAACAUCACCAGGUUAGUGAGCUCUCUGAUAGGCACAACAUGGCUGCUGUGUUUCAUCACCCAGAUGGGUGCUACAUUAGAGAGUCUAUGUAUUCUCUGUGUAUUCCAUAAAGUGCAGACAAAGCGGUAAAGAGUUGUCUGUUUCAAAUAGAAGGCAUUAAUGAUGCUCUUGGGUAAUAACAUCACGUGUGAGUCCAUAGCAGUGUUGUUAGUGCUACUGCCAGGUGGGUGCCACACAGAAUGAACUGGUAGGAGGUGUGACUGACAUAUUUGUGAAGUAGGCUAUUACAAUGUAACGUUGAAGCUAGAUGAAAUAGAAAUCAUUUUCAUAGGUUUUAAGUACAGUGAAAUGCCUGUCUUGCAAACUCAAAUAGAAAUAGAAAUCAUUUUCAUAACAAGCUGUUAUCAUUCAGGGGAACAGGUUAUCAAUUGACUUGAAGCCUGAAUGAAAACCUUUAUAAUGAUCCCCACCAGGAAAGAGGCCAAAGUGGGUAGCGGCCCAGGAAGCAGUAGGAAGGACAUCUUCUCCAGCAUGCAGUCCAUUAAGAGAGAGCAUGGACAUGAGGAGGAACAUAUCAAGCUCUACCACAAAGACGGAACUGAGGUGGACGUGUCAAAGAACUCACUGCCCAUUGGAGGGAAAUAUGAGAAGGUGAGAAGAACGCCUGGUCAUGGGAAAACAUAUAGGGAUGAUAUCCCUGGGACAACAUAUAGGGAUGAUAUCCCUGGGACAACAUAUAGGGAUGAUAUCCCUGGGACAACAUAUAGGGAUGAUAUCCCUGGGACAACAUAUAGGGAUGGUAUCCCUGGGACAACAUAUAGGGAUGAUAUCCCUGGGACAACAUAUAGGGAUGAUAUCCCUGGGACAACAUAUAGGGAUGAUAUCCCUGGGACAACAUAUAGGGAUGAUAUCCCUGGGACAACAUAUAGGGAUGAUAUCCCUGGGACAACAUAUAGGGAUGGUAUCCUGGGACAACAUAUAGGCAUGAACACGUACAACUGCAGUUAUUAUCUCUUCUAUCCAAACUGAUUAUUAUUUUAGCAACAAUAACACACUUUGACAUUGUACUCUGUUUUAAAAAGCUCCUUCAAAGGACGUCCAGACCGAGAACGUCCUUUAA